UCCAAUAUGCUCCAGCAUUUUUGAAAGAAUAUGCGUAUAAGUGGUGGGCAGAUCAAAAGCAUUAUAUAUUUAGUUGGUCAAUAUUCAAGCAGGCAUUGAUAACACAAUUUGCUGAAAAGAACGAAUAUUUAAUUGAACAACAAUUCGACCAACGAAAGCAGCAAAUAAAUGAACCGGUUAUCAAACAUUAUUAUGAUAUCAUCGAUUUGUGUAAGAAAUAUGAUCCACUUAUGUCAGACAAACAAAAAAUUCGUAAAUUAACCAAUGGACUUAAAUUGUCAUUAUACCAAGAAGCUAUUAAAGAAACUUACUCAACAUCAUUCGAUUUUUUGAUAAAGGUACAACAACUGGAAAAUAUUCAGAAGUUGAUCGAAUUACGACAAAAUCAAACAGCCCAAGUAUCAACCAUAACAAAGAGCGACGACAAAUUAUCAUUAUCAUCACAGGUACAUUCUUAUCAAUUAUCGAGUCGACAAUCGAACAAUCAUCCGACAAAAUCGACAUAUUAUUCUUCAUCGACACAAAAUGAUUAUCCAUAUCCAACGCAACAAUCGUUUUCACCAACAUCAAACCAAUAUUCACCAUAUGAACACUCUGAAUUUAAUCAGAAUCAACAAUAUCCAAUAUCACAGUUCUCUCAAUCGCAACACAUGUACAGUCAACCACACUCAUAUUUACACCAUCAACAUCAUUCGUCAGGAAAAUCAAACAUUUAUUGUUAUAAUUGUGGUCAACCUGAGGUGCCGGAUGGUAGUUCCUCUGAAUCAAUAAUAAAUCCAUCACCAUUAUCAUUUAUCACAGUUCCGGUAAGUGGUAAUCGAUUACAAUGUCUUUUAGAUACAGGAGCUAGUAAUACAUUUAUUCAUAUAUCAACAUUAUCCCAUAUCAGACACAAUCCAAUUAAGCGAAUCAAAGGUAAGUAUACACUGGCAGAUGGAAAUACCACAGUCGAUAUCGAUGGAGAAGUCGAAAUUUAUAUUCAAAUAGGACACAUUAGAACGAAAAUUACUGCAUUUAUAUCAAAAUCUUUAUCAACAUCAUGUAUAUUAGGUCAAGAUUGGAUGAGAAAGUAUGCAGUCGAUAUUUGCCAAUCAAGUAAAUUAAUUAUCAUAUACACAGCAAGAUCAUCAGCUAUUAUAUCGAUGGACGAUAAUAUGGACAAACAUAAUUUUAACUUAAAGUUAGCUAAUACCAUAGUAUUAAAACCACAACAUGAAACAAUUGUUCGACUUAAAUCACCUAUUUCUUCUUCUUCGAAGAUUAUCUUUCAUCCUAAUCGUAACAUCCAAUAUCAAAAACUUAUUGCCAUUCCGAAUGCUUUAUUAACUAUACAAAAUUAUGAAACAUAUAUUACAAUCGCUAAUCCGACAAAUAAAAUAUGCCGAAUACCUAUUCAUACUAAUAUUGGUUAUUUUACUGUACAACCUUUAGAUAUUCGUUGUUAUACAAUCAAUUCAUGUUUAGAUAAUGAUCAACGGUCGUCAAAUGACCGACAACCCGAAGUUGCUAAACAUGAUUCAAUAGAAGCUAUUUUUGAUCAACUGUUAGAUCACAUUCAAGAUCAACAUGAAAAAUUCGAAAUUCAUCAAUUGUUAAUUAAAUAUAAAAAGAUUUUCGAUACAUCAACACACUCGAUCGCUAAAAUUUCUUCUCCACCGAUGAUAAACACUGGUUUAAAUCUUCCAAUCCAUUCACGUGUUUAUCGUACCGAUCCAAUCAAACAACAACAUAUUUCGACAAUUAUCAAUGAUAUGUUAAAAUCUGGACAAAUUCAAAAAUCAUAUUCUAGUUGGUCGUCACCCGUAAUCUUAGUAAAAAAAAAAGACGGAACCUAUAGAUUUGUUAUUGAUUAUCGUCAACUAAACAAUAUCACCGAACGAGAUAGUUAUCCAUUGCCACGAAUUGAAGAAACAUUGAACAGAUUGAAUGGUAAUAAUUAUUUCUCGAAACUUGAUUUAAAAACAGGAUACCAUCAAAUUCCGAUUCAUUCAUCAGAUAAAGAGAAGACAACCUUUGUUACAUACAAUGGUAUGUUUCAGUUUAAUGUAAUGCCCCAAGGAUUAAAAAAUGCACCAUCUAGCUUUCAGCGUAUAAUGUAUGAAUUAUUGGUAAAUACCAGAUGGGAUUUUUGUUUAGUAUAUAUCGACGACGUUAUCAUAUUUUCUCGAACAUUCGAUCAACACGUUACUCAUUUGAAUGAAGUAUUCUCGGUUUUAUACAAUGCAAACCUGCAACUUAAUCCACAAAAGUGCUCGCUUAUUCAAUAUGAAAUCAAUUAUCUUGGUCACACAAUCAAUCAACAAGGUAUUCGACCACUUCAAGACAAUGUUGAUGCAAUUAUUAAAUUACCAACACCAACAACACCCAAGCAAGUCCAUUCAUUCGUACAAGCUGCCAAUUAUUAUCGUGAUCAUAUUGAAAAUUUUUCAAAGAUUGCUGCACCACUAUAUCCUUACACAAAGAAGAACGCCAUUUGGAAAGGUUGGACACCACAAAUGGAAAAUGCAUUUAAUGAUCUUAAACGUCGACUCACAACACCACCAGUAUUUCUCAAUUUUCCCGAUGAUAUUUCACCACUUGUAUUAUCAACAGAUGCUUCGGGUUACGGUAUGGGCGGUGUUUUACGACAAAUUACACCGGAGGGAUCCAAAGUGAUAAAAUAUGUCUCAAAGAAAUUUAAUAUAGCACAGAAGAAAUAUUCUACGACGGAAAGAGAAUGUUUAGCAUUAGUCUGGUGCAUUUGUAAGUUGAAAGAAUAUAUUUGGGGGCGACCAAUACAGAUAGAAACUGAUCACUGCCCAUUAUGUAGUUUCAAUAAAAAGAAAUUUCAAAACUCGAGAAUCGAACGUUGGCAAUUACAAUUAUCCGAAUACGAUAUUACAACAAUCACUUAUAAACGUGGAAGAUGUAAUUGCGAUGCAGAUUUAAUAUCACGUUUUCCAUAUGAUGAAGCCGAUAUUGACGAUGCCGAACACCCAAGGUGUGUUCGAAAUUAUACACAACCAUCUGCUAAUCACAUAGCUGCUAUGCAAAUCAAUGUCAUUACAAGAACAAGAGCCAAACAAUUAUCAGCGAAAUUGCCCGUACUAUCUUCGUUUAAAUCUUCAUCAUCGAACAUUAUGACAAGAUCAAAAACGAAAAAGGUCAAUAUCUUACCUAUUUCCGAAACAACACCUAUUCCAGUUUCAUCAACAACAACAACAAUCUUGCCUUCACCGUCAUUAAUUGAUUUUAGUAUCGAUCGAAUUCGAAAUGACCAAAUGAAUGACAUUGAUAUUCAGACAAGAAUACAAAAGAUCAACGAUGAUUCUCGAAAAUAUUUGAACGAUGUUGUCGAUCAACAACUUUUAUAUAAAUUAGUUACAAGAAAUGGUCACACGAAAAUUAAAUUACCAUGGAUACCCAUAUCAAUGAUUCCGGACAUUCUAUCCGCAUAUCACGAUCAUCCACUUAGUGGGCAUCUUGGUGUCAAUCGUACGUAUCAUAAGAUAAAGGACAAAUUUUAUUGGUUUCAAAUGUUGAAUUCGGUCAAACAAUAUAUUCGUUCUUGUACACAAUGUGCUCAAUUCAAUGUACAACGACGAAAGAAGCCUGGAUUAUUACAAAAAGAGCCACCACCCGAGGGUGUGUUUGAAUUAAUGCAGAUGGAUUUUUGGAAGGCACCCAUUCAAUCGUCUGAUGGGAAUCAAUAUGUAUUAAUCAUUACUGAUAGAUUAUCUAAAUAUGUUUUUGCCCGGGCAUUAUCAUCAGAAAAUGCCAAAGCUGCUGCUGAGAUGCUAUUUGAAGGUAUUAUAUUGAAGCAUGGUGCAAUUCGAUGUAUACAAUCCGAUCAAGGUUCUCAUUUCAGAAAUGAACUAUUGUCGGCAAUAACACAAUUAACUGGCUGUAAACAAAUAUUUUCGAUUCCAUACCAUCCUAUGUCGAAUGGCCAAGUGGAAAGAUUUAAUUCAACCUUUUGUGAUCAACUCAAGAAAUAUUAUCAUGAUAACAUCAAUGAUUGGGAUAUUUAUUUGCAAUCUAUUGUUUGGGCAUAUAAUUCGAGUAUUCAUUCUAUAACUGGUUUCAUCCCAUAUGAAUUAGCAUUCAAUCGUCGAUUAAUAUCGCCGUUUGAAUUUCCAUCAUCAAAAAUUACGAUGUUAAAACCAAACGAUUAUUGGGAAAAAGCAAACAAAUUCAAGCAAGUUGCCAUUCAUGCGGCUCAAGUCAACAUUGAACAACAGCAACAAUUGAGUAAGCUACGAUACGACAAAGGACGAACCCAUCCAACAUACACAUUAGAUGACAUGGUAUGGAUUAAAGUAUUAUCGGGUCGCUCGAAAUUGGAUCCUCGAUAUCAUGGUCCAUUCCGCAUUAUAAAGAGAAUUACUGACGUCAAGUAUAUUGUUGAACACGCACAAGACCAUUAUCAAAAAGAAGAACAUGUCAAUAAUUUUAUUCCAUUUUACGAACGAAUUUAA